AUGCGGGGUAAACCCACUUCCCCAGACCCGCCCGCCUUGGACAUCGGCGGCGGCUACAUACAUACGUAUCUACACUCAAUUGGUGACUGUACACAGCUGUACAUCCUAUCUGGCCGAGCCUCAGAAUCCCACUGGUAUUCCGCUCCGCUGACACGGUUAACUGCUUUCAUCGUGCAUGAUGGGGUCCCGCGUUCUGCGGGACGAGAGGAUGACGUUUCAAAGUCAAGCUUCUCGUCAAGACUCGCGAUUACCCCAUACGUAACUCUCCAUUCGCCUGGGCGCUUGUGCAUCCGAUCCACGGGUCCUCCAAAACAGGUUACUCGUCCGUUCCCUUCGCAGAAGAGUGGAUGA